GUAAAAUGUCCAGGUUUCAGAAUCUUUCAGGUCCCACAGCUAUCAGUGAGUAAACAAGAGGUUCCCCUUGAGUAGAAAAAAGGAGUGCCAGUCUGAACAUGGAUGGUACAGAGAGUCCACACAUUAAAGAAGAACCAGAGGAACUAUGGAGCCAUCAGGAGGAAGGGAAGCUUCAAGGACCAGAGGAGGCUGAAAUCAUUCAGUUCACAUUUUUCCCUGAUCUUGUGAAAAGUGAAGAUGAUGCAGAGAAACCUUGGUCCCCACAUCUUUAUCAAAAGCAAACUGAAGAGAAGGAAACAGAGCCUGAUAGAAAGGACUCUGGAGGAGCAGAAGCAGCCUGCUACUUAGAUCCAGAGAGAAAUUUACAACCAGACAUUGAGGUCAACACUGAAGACUUUUCUGAGGCUGAGACUGAUGACAGUGAGGAUUGGAGAGAGACAACAGAACAGCAGUUGGGUUUGAACUUUAAGGGAAACAUCACUAAUAAGAGAAAAAGGACUGACAAGAAAUCACAUCACUGCUCUGAGUGUGGUAAAUGUUUUUACCUCAAAGGUAAUCUGACAGAUCAUAUGAGAAUCCACACAGGAGAGAAACCUUUCAGCUGCUCUGAGUGUGGUAAAACUUUCAGCCUGAAGGGUAAUCUGAAAAGGCAUAUGAGAAGUCACACUGGGGAGAAACCCUUCAGCUGCUCAGAGUGUGGCAAAAGAUUUACUCAACAGGGGAGCGUGAUCACACAUAUGCGAAUUCACAUGGAAGAGAAACCCUUCAGUUGCUCUGAGUGUGGUAGAAGAUUUACCCAACAAGGAAGUAUGAUCUCACAUAUGAGGAUUCAUUCAUUAGAGAAACGCUUUGGCUGCUCUGAGUGUGGUAAAAGAUUUCAUCAAAAAAGAUGUCUGAGUCGACAUAUGAUAGUUCACACAGGAGAGAAACUAUUCAGCUGCUGUGAGUGUGGUAAAAGAUUUUCCCGACAAGAAAGUAUGACAAGACAUAUGGUAGUUCAUACCAGAGAAACAACGUUAACCUGCUGAUUUAAAAAAAAUUACCAGAAUAAUGACCACACAUGCACAUUGACUGAGUGACUUCAGCUGUUGGGAUUG